AUGAAUUUGUUAAAAGUUAUAAGCCAAUUUGCAAUUCACGAGUCAGCCAGGGCAAGGCAACUUAGAAUUGAAGGAAUUGAAGGUUUUGGAUGGAGAGAGUUCAUGGAAAAAGUCAAAGCAGAGGUCUUGAUGAUAAUGAGAGAGAAUCGUCAAAUGAAGGUCAAGAUACUCUCGUGUGGGAUGAUAACGGAAAAUGAAGAUAGAUCAGUCCAGCUUCAAGAUGCAUUUUUCCACACCGAAGUGAUCGAAAUUCUUCGCGCAACAGAUGGAUCACAAGCAUUCGAUAGAUUCGUGCAAACAUUUGACGAAAGAAGUCAAAAGCCUAAUUAAAAAGGAAGCAAUUGGAGAUUUCAAAGAGUGAUAUCUCUUGACAUCCAUCUUGCCGAAUUCAGACCGUUGAACGACAGCUCUUACAUCAAACUCCCAGAAUUCAUUAAAAGUGAGAAAGCAGUAGUAAACAUGGUGAAUGGAGAUGAAGAAUACUUCGAGUGUGAAGUAACAAGAGCAAUCAACCCUGUAGUCUCUAACACCAAAGAAUAACAAAGAUUCUCAAAGCAAAAUCUGAGAAGAUACACAUUGUCUUCCCUUUCGAGCUUGACAAGAUAAGCAAAUUUGAAGAGCAGAAUGAAGACAUUGUAGUAAAUGUGCUAGCCUUCGGUGGGUCGCUACGCGGCUUGGUUAUGAACGAGUCUCUUUGAGGUCCGGCCGAAGGCUUAAUUUUUAUCCAUUAAAGAUCAGCAAAGAGGAAAAUAGGAAGCACGUCAUAAAUCUUCUUCUUAUAGCAGAUAAAGAAAAGAAGCACUACUGCCUGAUGAGCAACAUGAGCAGGUUCCUCUCGAGUUAA